AUGUCAAGUCUUAGCUACACCAAUACCAUUGAUGAGUCCACAAGUCAGUCCAUGGAUCUGAUUACAAUAUCUGACAUAUUUGACACUGAGAAUUUUGGUGAAUUCUGGAUUGUUGCGAGGAUCAAUGGUAUUGAGUCACCCACAGAUUGGUUCUAUACUUCCUGUCCAAAAAAGGGUUGUAACAAGAAAUUAGAACUCUCAGAAGGGGUGAACAAAUGUUUCAAGUGUGUGCAAGUUCAUAAUACCCAUGUUCUAAGGUAUAAACUUAGGGUACGUGUUGUGGACAUGAAAGGUAAUGCUUCAUUCUUGAUAUGGGAUCGAGAGUGCAUGGAGUUAAUUGGGAUUCCAGCUGCUGAUUUAUAUGACAGUUAUACAGAUUCAAGUGCCCCUCCAAAGGAGAUACUAGCUUUGGUUGGUAGGAGUAUGUUAUUCAGAAUUUUAGUUAGGAAGGACCAGUUUCUCAACUUUCCAACCUCAUUUCCUGUUCUAAGGAUUAACACUGACCAACAACUCCUAGCACAACUAAGCCCUGACAUUCUAAGCUUGAAGGAGGAUGAUAUAAACACUGGAUUGCAGCUAAGUGAUGGGGAUGAUGACUUCUUUGAGAGUUUUCUGAGUGAUGAAGCUGACAGCCCAAUUGCAACUCUGCCGCCAGUUACUCAUGAUGCUACUGAGGGACCUGUCAAGAGGUGCUUAAUCGAUCAGUUUUCUUCGACACAGGGAUGCAAAAAAGUGAAGCAGCAGAGAAUUAUGAAAGAUUCACAUCAUGUAAUCAGCAAGGAGUACCUUUCAAUAGAACUUUUAUACUUUCAGUCCACAAAUAGCCUGAAAAUGGGUAACAAUGAUGACGGCAAACUACAGGAAGAUAUAGUGGAAGAUAUUAAGCAAGAUUUGGAUGAGCAUAAUGUGUUAGUUAAAACAUUCCGUUUUGCAAAAUCCAAAAUGGAGAAUAAUCCAAGUGUAGAGUAUAAGAUAAGGUUGAUUGGCAAGCGAAACGGUGAUGCACGGACUUACAACUUACCAACUGCAUCAGAGGUUGCUGCUUUAAUUGUAGGAGAUUUAUCCGCUACGUCAGGUAACCGAGAUAUUUUGGUGGAGACUAAUGCAGGAUCCCUAAAGAGGAUAAAUGAGCUUAACCCAGCGUAUUUGCCGUUGCAAUAUCCGUUACUGUUUCCCUAUGGAGAAGACGGUUAUAGGGAAGAUAUUCAAUUCAACAUCUCGAGGAAGAAGGAAAGUGGAGGUAGAGUCCGUGUUUCACAACGUGAGUUCUUCGCAUAUAGGAUGCAUGACAGGUUUAAUGAAGUGUCAACAAUACUAUAUGCCAAGAGACUGUUCCAACAAUUUUUGGUCGAUGCAUACACCAUGGUUGAAUCCAGCAUGUUGUUGUUUAUUAGGAACAAUCAAAAGGCUUUAAGGUGUGAAGCCUACAAAGGACUAUCCGAUGCAUUGACUAGAGGUGAAGUGGAUACAGCCCGUCAAGGUAAACGAAUCAUCUUACCAUCCAGCUUCACAGGCGGGGCUAGGUACAUGAUUCAGAAUUACCAGGAUGCGAUGGCUAUCUGUAGACACAAGGGAUAUCCAAAUUUGUUUAUAACGUUUACCUGUAAUCCAAAGUGGCCAGAAAUACAAAGGUACUUGAAAAAAUGUCAGCUGAAGGCUGAAGACAUACCUGAUAUUGUAUGUAGGGUCUUCAAAAUGAAGCUUGAUUGUUUGGUUAAAGAGAUAAGGGCAGGUCAUCUCUUUGGUGUUGUCACAGCAGUUGUCUAUACUAUUGAAGUCCAAAAGCGUGGGUUACCACAUGCCCACAUUUUAAUCUUCCUUGAAAGAGUACAAAGCUUAUCCACAGCCGCAUGCAUGGACAAUUUCAUUUCUGCUGAAAUUCCAGACAAAGAGGAAGAUUAUGAGUACUACAAAGCUGUAGAAGAAUUUAUGAUUCAUGAACCGUGUGGACUACACAAGACUACCUCUCCAUGCAUGGUGAACAACAAGUGUUCUAAACACUUUCCGAAGAAAUUUGUUGAGGUUUCUUCUUGGGAUGCUGAAGGCUACCCAAUAUACAAGCGUUCUGAUAAUGGUAGAUUUGUGCAAAAGAAUGAGGUCCAAUUAGAUAGUCGAUACGUGGUUCCACAUAAUAGAUACCUACUUCUCAAAUACAAAGCACACAUUAAUGUUGAAUGGUGUAACCAGUCGAGGUCAAUCAAGUACCUCUUCAAGUAUGUCAACAAAGGAAAUGACAGGGUGACUGCUGAGUUCUAUAAGAGUACUAACGAGGAUGGUCAAGAUGAGGUUGUUGAUGAAAUAAGCAUGUUUUAUGAUUGCAGAUAUGUAUCUGCAUGCGAAGCUGCGUGGAGGCUCCUUAGCUACGACGUCCAAUUCAGGCAACCUCCCGUAGAACGACUUAGCUUUCACUUGCAAGAUUGUCAAUCUAUUAUUUUUGAGGACGAUGACAAGAUAGAAGAUGUUCUCAACAGACCCACGGUAAAUCAAAGCAUGUUCACUGCAUGGUUCGAUGCAAACAAGACUUUUGAUGCUGCUAAACAAUUGGCUUAUAUUGACAUGCCUACCAAGUUUGUUUGGAAGAAGGAUAUCAGACAACCUGAAAAUGUUUGGAAUGCAGUAUGGCAUCACCUUGCUGAAAACAUGCAAUACAACAGACGAACAGCCUUGCAGGAUAAAGAUAUUUGUUUAUCGGAGGAGGAAAAAAAGAAUUUAGCAUUGAUUGAGAUUGAGCGACUGUUACAGUUAUACAAUAAGUCUUUGAAAGAUUAUCCUCAAAUGCCAAUUCCAAACUUUGACGAUUCAUGGUUAGUUCAUAAUCGUUUGGUUUUUGAAGAGUUGGCUUAUGACCGUGCUGCACUAGGUAAGGAGACCGAACAAAUGGAGGAGCAGCUAACUGAUGAACAAAGAGUGGUUUAUGAUACUGUUAUCAAUGAUGUAAGCCAAAACAUGGGUGGUCUGUAUUUCGUUUAUGGCUAUGGAGGUACAGGAAAAACAUUUGUUUGGAAGGCAAUAUCAUGCAAGAUCCGAUCCAUGGGAGAUAUUGUAAUCAAUGUUGCGUCAAGUGGCAUCGCAUCACUGCUACUACCUGGAGGAAGAACAGCACAUUCUAGGUUUGCAAUACCAAUUGUGUUAACAGAGGACUCCACAUGCAACAUCAUGCCUGGCAGCCAACUUGCAGAACUCAUGACUAUGGCUAAACUUAUUAUAUGGGAUGAAGCACCAAUGAUGCACAGACACUGUUUUGAAGCUCUAGACAGAACUAUGCGCGAUCUAAUGAGAUCAAAAGAUCCUCACAGUGAGGGGAAAACCUUUGGAGGAAAAACAGUUGUAUUUGGAGGUGACUUUAGACAAAUACUGCCAGUCAUUCCUAAAGGAUCUAGACAAGAUAUUGUCCAAGCAACAAUAAAUGCUUCUNCCUGCCGGUCCAGACACCACUCACACCAAUCGACGGCGCCUCUGCCUCGCCAGUCGCCGCAGCAUCGCCAUACGCCAGACGCCCAGAUAUCAGUUGCUGCCUUGCUGGUUUCUGCAGUGCACUUGUGCCCUAAUCGCCACUCCUGCUGGUGGCACGAUGAGCUAAGUGUGCUGGUGAUGAUGGAAACUCCAAGACAACUUCGAAUAUGA